AUGGGUCUCAUCGAAAAGCUACAAGCAAGACUGGAAAUCUACCGGCUAGAGCAACGAUACGCUCGCCGCAAACACCGCACCACAUUCACCGAAGUCCAAUACGUCGAUGGAGAAUACGUCUACUCGAACAGCUCAAACCCCUCAUCUGGGACAGUUUCGAAACACUCCACCGGGUCCCACUGGAAGGUCCCGUCUUGGGGUUCAUCAUCGAGCGACCCGCGAUCCCGGUGA